AUGUUGUGGCAUAUUUUAUUUAUUUUUAGCUUAAUACUAUCUUUAACUUUCUCAAUUCUAGAGACGGAGAAACUACCACAUUUCGCACUUCGUAGCUUCUUGUCUACAAACGAUAUAGUUUAUUUUAAUUUCCCCAUACCACAACACACAUUCGUUACCAAACUCUCAAUAUCUGUCACCUUUCACGGUUGCAGUCCUGAAAAUAUCAGUUUAACUCUUCGUUCAGGAUCUUUUCCUGUAGUCAGACCAUUCGAUGUUCCAGUGCCAAAUGGUGUUUUAGAGCCUAGAAACUCCUAUUCACUAAACAUACCGAUUGAGGAAUCAUUCAAUCUAACAUUUACCUCGGACGAUUGUGGGACUUACUCGCAAUUCCAUGUGAAGUCAAUUAAUCUUCGAAAUGCAGCAAACAUUGACAUAAAUAUUCAUGGGCCUGUUGUUGGCAUGUGGUAUAUUGGUGCUUACAUGACCACCUCUUUUCAGAAGGAAUGCAUAGCAUGGCUAUUACCAUCUGUCAGACACGAUAUUUCUUAUAUUGAUGGACAUAUUUCAUACAAUUAUAAUCCUCAGUUAAGACACAAUCAAUCAAUUUCUUAUGGUAAACCAUUUAUUGAGGAAAAACUUUUCCACCGGAAAAAGCGACGCAAACCUUUUUAUCAUUCUGUGGUUCACUCUACGGCGGACCAACCUAUGCACAGUUCUUUGAUACCUCCAAGUUCAUCAACAGAAUCAAUCAACAUUAAUCCAUACCAUAUAAGGACAUUAUCAUUCUUAAUGUCACCAUUUGACUUGGAGCUGGCCCCCAUGGAAGGCAGAUUAUAUUUAUUAACCAUCAUGGAUGAGAUGACUAGUAUUGACGUAAUAUUAGAAGACUGUAGAAUUGUUACACCGAUUGCUCCAUCUCAUGGAAAUAUUUCGGUGUCCAAGCAUAGUAAUUCGACUUCAAAUGAUAAAACAAAGUCAUCUUUGCGUGAUAACUUGCCCAAUGAGAUUAUAUUUGAUUCUUCUGCUUGUCCAAUUAUUAUUGAUGGUAGUGUUGAAGCUUUACCAUCUAGUCUUUCUUAUCUACAUCAAUCUCAAGGAUUUAGAGUUUCAACGACAGACAAGCCUGAACGUGGGAUCGGUUUUUCAUCGAAUGUUGGUUCACCAUCUUCAAACACUUUCAAUUAUACUCAGGACUCAAGCAUUCAGAGGAUAUUCCGCUUAAUAGGACUUCGAGGUUCUCAAAUAAAUCACUAUUUAUACAUUCUUAAUCAAGCUUCUCAUGUUGCUGUGUACUCACGAUUGGUUAUAAUUCCUAAGUUUGAUAAGAUCAAUUUUAAUCGAACUAAUAAUAUAAAUUAUCGUUUUUUCUUAAGUAUAUCAUUAUUACCUUGGAUUAAUUCUGAUUGGCCGGAAUUAACACCAGAAUAUGGUGAAAAAAAGUGGUUAAAAAGACAUUCUUCAAUAAAUACACAACAAUUGAUCAUAUCAAAUUUUGGUUCAUUUUAUUUUAAUCAUCCAGGAUAUCAAGAUUUACCAUUGUGUUAUAUAUGGCCUACUCCAACACGUGUUCAUUUACCAGUGAAAUUUACUUAUCAUUUUGCUUAUCAACCUGAUUUUGGUCGAUACGCCAGUCUACUUCAUUUAAAACCAUGGCAUAUUGUAGUCAUACCGAUAACAUUAAAUUCAGUAAUGGAUAUGUCAAGUGUUCUUGAGAUUGCUUUACAACUUAAUGCAUUAAAUGUUUCUUGGCAAUUCAAUGAAACAUACAGAGAGCCUUUACCACGUCAAAUUAUUCUACAUGGUUGUUUUGCUAGACAUUUAACUAAUACACCAAAAGGUUUCACAGAUAUUCAUCAAUGUCCUUUAUGGAUUCGUUUAGCUACAGAUCAUGGGUUAGCGGUAUCUGUAGCUCAUGCUAUUUCAUCUGCUGCUUCGAAAGUUUUUGCUUCUAGUCAAUCACCACGUCGAAGUGAACGACCGCCCAAUCUUGAUACUUCUUUCAAUGAAAGUGUAGAUCGAAGUUUUUUAUUUUUUCCUUAUCCAACACCUGGACGCUGGUAUCUUAGUUUAUAUCCUGAAUGUUACACAGCAUAUGAUGCACUUUGUGGAUUGGAUCAGUCAGCAGUAAUUGAUGUUUCACUAAUAAUACGUUCAACUCCAUGUAUAAAUAAUCAUUGUCGACAGAUCGGUGAAGGAGCUACACUAGCUCCAUCUCGCCUCCUAUAUCCGAAUGAAUUAAUAGUAAACACAUCACGUUCUAGAGAUGGUAGCCAACGAUGGCGUCCACCAUGGUGGCCAUCUGAUGGUAGUAAUAAAGAUAAUACUAACAAAGAAAAUCAUCAUUUUAAAUAUAAUAGUCCAUUUAAUUAUGUUCCAGUUAAAAAAAUUGGUAAAAUACCAGGUGAAGGUAUAUGUAUUAAUCUUUUUCAAAGAUCAAUUCAUGUAUCGACAUGUGCUUGCCCUAUUGGUUAUGGUGGACUAGGUUGUAUGCCAUUACCUAUAGAUUAUUUUAAAACUUUUGGACUCUAUCCUAAUAGACAAAUAUUAUCAUAUGAUGCAUUGAUAUUGGCUUUGUCCAAUUUCGGUUUUAUACCAGCAAUUCUAUUGACUGUUAUUCAUCGACUUUGGAUACCGGCAUUAGUUUAUGGAUACACUUUUCUUUUUUCUACACUUUAUCAUAUUUGUGAUACAGAUUCUAAUCUAAUACCAGGUUACAAUGUUAUGCAUACACCGAAUUAUGGUAGUAGUAUGCUUUAUCAAUCUACAAAUAUUGCAUUUAAAAUGAAUAUUCCAAUUAGCAGCAGUAGUAGUAGUAAAUCAAUUAUUUAUUCACAAUUUACUUCAUCAAUAUGUGUAUUACCAGUGGAUACAUUAUCAUUUUGUGAUUUUUUUGGUGGAAUUUUCUCAAUUUGGAUAAGUACAUUAACAAUAGCUGCAAUACCUAUGAAAUAUACACAAUGUGCAUUUAUUAUUGGUGCAUUAUUACUUACAGUUGCAGUACAAAUUGUUCGUUAUUCUAUUGGUAUUAUUUUAGUUCCAUUAAUAAUUGGAUUAAUAAUUAUUCUUUAUUCUUGGAUAAAUUUCUGCAUUAAACUGAAAAGUUUAUUUCCACCAAUUCAAUGGUGGAUAAUUAGUUUUAUUCCAGGUGUAUUAUUUGCAACUAUCGGUGCAUCAAUGUUUUUUCAUGGACAAUCAACACAUAACUAUACAAAACAUCAUAGUAUAUGGCAUAUAUUAAUUGGUUUAUCAUUAGCUUGUUUUCUUCCAUGGCCAUUUCGAUGGCGUAUAGCAUUAAGUCCAAUUAUUUCUGUACAUACACCAUUAUCAUGUGGUGAUUUACCGAAACAUUAUGAUUAUAAUAGUGAUUUAUCAAAUACUAAUUCAUUAGUAAUACCAGUUGAAAUAAUACAGAAUGAAUCAGAAAAUCUUCCUGGAUGUAAUAAUGUAUUAGAUGAGAAUAGAGAUGUUAAUCUUUCCAAUGAAUAUAUGACAUUAACAAAAUUAUCAUAUAAAUCAAUUUUUAUUAACAAAUUGACUAAUAAUUUAAAUAAAUUAACACAAUUUACAUCUAAAAUAUAUCAAAAGUUUACUUUACAAAUAGAUAAACAAAUUCAAUUGAAUUUUCUACUUGAUCCAUUAUGUACACGUUGGCCAAAGUUAAAGUGGAUAUUACCUUACGGUAGGCACAUUCUUCAAUUAAGAUGUAUAAUAAACCAGUUGAACUAGUUAGGAUGUCGAUGUGUGGGUGAGAAUGAUUGGUUGUUUGCUUAGUCAGACUUGUAGAUAAUAGUCUGACAGGCGUUAGAUGAGUUAUAUAUUCUCUUAUCCUUAUUAUUGGGAUUGUUGUCGGUUUUUGGUGUAGAGAUUUAUUUACGUUCUAGUAAGGUUAAUCACGUGUUCUUGAUCUGAGUUGUGAAGUCUUACAGAAUAGUUACUGGAACGGAAUAUAGUGUAGAUAUUUGUCUAAGGCAGAUUAACAUCUUAGUCGUGUAGACGAAGAAAAUCCGAGCGUUAUAAAAAAAUGUCUAUAAUAGUAAAAAUACUAAACAUUGAGAAUAUGGAUCUAAAAGAAAGCAUGUCUUAUGAAUUACUGAAAUUCAAGUUCUAAGGGAAGAAAUGGAUGAAUCGGUCAAUGACCAGUUUUGAGCCCUAUCACACGAUAUCUCCAACUGCUGGAUAGUUAUCGUUCGCACCUCAACUAAAUAGUUUGCACUUACAAAAAUAAAACACAUCAAGAGUUAGUGAAUCCAUUGAUUGGUAAAAUGAAGGCAUUUGACUUUGACUAGCUUUCUUUUCAAUGACAAUCGGCAGUUGCGCUUUCAUGUAGAGAAUGGCUGAGGAUAUGUGAUAUGUUUUCUGACCGCCUCGGUAGAUGAAGAUUCAUAGCCUCGUUAAUCGGAUUGCUACCUUUUUAGUGUAAAAGCAAAAUAAAGUUAUCUGUUUAUUUAUUUAUUUGAACACAUAUAUAUUGGUACAGGAGUGCGCCAAAUAUAUAUGCGCCACACCAUGAUAUACUACGUUAAUACAAUCCAUGCCCAAAAUUGUACUACCAUUAGACUGGGCACUCAGUUGAUGCUCUAUACUGAGACUAAGAUCACUUAUAUCAGAUAUUUGGUUUGAGACCAAAUAUAGAGAAUCCGAUAAUAGACUGGACAAUACUUUAUUCAACAAGAUUACAAGUAGUCUACACUCAAUGAAGUUUAGAGUAAAAAUCAUUGUUAGAAAGGAAACCAGAUAUCAAAUAGUGGGCAAGCCGUGUCUAUUUGUCCACGCUCAGUGAUCAAUUACAUCUUACUUCCACUAGUCACAUAUCACUUUAUCUAUUACUUUGUCUAACCUUAGUAUUGUUCAUUCGAUUUUCUUGCUUUUACACGAGCAGUGCUUCAAAGACAUCUAUGUGUCGUAAGUAAACUUGUCCUUCAAUUAUAUUAUUUUCCAGACUCGUUUUCGCUAAAGCAGUCCUUUAAAAUAAAAAUGUGAAAUACCAUUGUAGCCAUUUCUUUUAUCAUGCAGAAAGUCGGUCUUGUGAUACAUAUUUACGAUUUUACCCUACCUUUGAGGAAAGUAUGAACUUAAAACAUUAAAUGAUUAGCUGUCUACCAAAUUCCAUCCUCCUAUCCAAUAAUUUAAGGGGACAUAAAUAUAUAUUUAAUCACCAUAUUUUGUUAUUUCUGCUUGUUAUUUCAGUAAUAUCAAAGAUGAAGUUUUGUAAUUACUGUUUAAAAUACUUUGCAUAACGAAGCAAAUUUUUUGUUAAUCCGAGUACCAAAGUAAAACCCACUAUUCACUGUAAAUACUGUUGUUAUGGAUGCAGAAUAAUGUGCCAAUCAUCAUCAUGUUAAGCCUAGUGAUGUCCUUGGACGUUAAAUGGACAUUUCCUAUUGGGUAUUAUUUAUUUCACCCGUUAAAUAUUGUACAGAUGUUGUUUUCUAUUUUUGUGGUACGAUGUGGUAUGUUUGGUUAGUAUAUAAAUAGAGUAUGUCUGAAAUACAAUGAUUCAUAUCUCAGAGGUUGUGACUUGUGUUCUGGACUCAACUGACUGGGCUAGACAGGGAAGCAGGACCAGUCGAGACUCUAGGCCGUCCGUACGUGUUUACGUGUCAUUGGAUCGAUCGAUAAAUACGCUGCUCUCUAAUUUUCCAGUCAAGGACACAACAAUUAGCACAGGGUAAAAAUCGACUUGAAGUCAUAACAACU